GUGCGCGCUCACACCGGCUAUUGUGUUUUUAUCAACAAGGAGACCACCGUGGCCUUACGGGUAUCUGAGCUGGCCAGCUGAACGACAAGGGACUGCAAAACCAUGGCGGACGAACAAGAAAUAAUGUGCAAGUUAGAAAAUAUCUUGGAAAUACGGAACAAGACUGUCCAGAUGCAGAAGAUCAAGUCUCGUCUUAAGGUUGAGUUUGAUGCUCUGGAGUCUGAGGAGAAGCACCUGAAAGAGUACAAACAAGAGAUGGAUCUGCUUUUACAAGAGAAAAUGGCACAUGUGGAAGAGCUGCGACUUAUCCAUGCAGAUAUCAAUGUGAUGGAAAGCACCAUCAAGCAGUCGGAGAAUGACCUGAAUAAGCUGCUAGAAACAACUCGGCGCCUGCAUGAUGAGUACAAACCUCUGAAGGAGCAUGUUGAUGCCCUCAGGAUGACUUUAGGUCUACACAGACUCCCGAACCUGAACGAAGAAGAGGAGAAGCUCUCCCUGGAUUACUUUGAGAAGCAGAAAGCAGAGUGGCAGAAGGAGCCGCAUGAGCCCGCCAUCCCAGAAUCUCUCGCCGCUGCUGCAGCAGCCGCUCAGCAGCUUCAGGUUUCCAGGAAGCAAGAUGCACGCCAGACGGCCACCUUCAGACAGCAACCCCCACCUAUGAAGGCUUGUCUGUCCUGCCACCAACAGAUUCAUCGUAAUGCUCCCAUCUGUCCAUUGUGCAAGGCCAAGAGCCGCUCCCGCAACCCAAAGAAGCCCAAGAGGAAGCCUGAUGAGUAGAUCGUACACGACCUUCAGCUUCAGUUUAAAGGGACCUGGUCCGAUACACUGAUUUAAGAUCAGCCAUGUACAUCACAAUGUAUGACUGAAAUAACAGAUCUGUGCUUCAGGACAAUAUCCACAAACAGUCCCCACUUUAACAAGUCGUCUUAGUACCUUUUUCAUAAACUGUCUACUUUAAUUGAUGGAGGGAUCUGGUAAUGUCAUUCUGUUGUUUGUUUUGAUCAGUGCUUUGGAUGUGUUUAUAUGUAAUUGUAUGACUUCUUGAGUAGGUUUACUAGCCCCUAACCAUGUAACUGCAAUAAUGCAAAAAGAAACUUGAUAAAAUGCCCAAAUACUUUUGUUUCUUGCCUUAGAUGUGUCUUGUACUGUACUUUCUAAUUUGUUUUUGCAAUGCAUGCGUGCCUCCAUGGCUGUCUUGUCGUGUAUUCUUUAUGCCAAUAUAAAUAUCGGAUUUAAUUGAAGUUAGAUAAAACACAAUGCUGUUUUAAUGUUUACAGUGUUCAAGUGACCACCAACGGGAGAAAAAAAAGGCCAGACUCAUUUGCUCUGAAUAGUGUUUGUGUGUUUAACUUUAAUACUAUGAUAAGAAAAUAAAUGGCUGUUUUGUACUAA